AUGGCAAGAGUGAAGUUGAGACUCCUUGUGCUUUUAUUACGGAUUUCAUUAUCCUCCUCCUUUCACUCCAAUGCUUUCCGAUUGAUGACAAAGACGCCGACUCUGAGUGCAAAGAAGAAAAGCGAUGAUCUAGCACCCAGCGAAAGUAAAUUUUUUUUUGCGUCUGAAGCCAAUAAUUCAACUGCUACAAAAGGCAUUGUUGUUGGAGGUGGAACACUUGCAGCCGCAAGAACUGCGUCUUUAGUAGCUGCAACGGGUGCCACAAGUUCUACAAUCGGAACGACAGUGUCCGGAUCAACAACCACAGCCGCAGUUGCAGCUGCACGAACUGCAUCUGUGGCAGGAGGUCUAGCUGCAACGGGCGCCACAACAGCUGCAUCCACGUCUUCCACGACGGCAGGAACAAUUGCAGCUGCAAGAACUGCAACCGUAGCAGGUAGUCUAGCUGCAACCGGUGCCACAACAGCUGUAUCCACAUCUUCCACAACAGGAGCCGGUGGGUCUAUUGCUGCUGUACGAAGUGCAUCACUAGCAGGUAGUUUGGCUGCAACAGGUACCACGAGAACGGGCACAACAAUUGCAACGACUGCUGCAGCAGCUUCGAGGGUCACAAGUGGUGCCGCAACAUCAGCAGCGGGUGCAUCUGGUGCGUCGAAGGUAGCACUUGGCCGUGGACUUGCUGGUACAGCUGCAAUUGGCAUAACCGAUUCCAUAGAAUCGUCGGUCACAAUUGGCGCUGCGAGUGAAGGAGGCGCAAGCCUCUUGUCGGCAGGAGAAACGGUAUCCAGCGCAUCAAGCGUUGCUGGUGACGCCCUUGUUGGCAUGUCUGAUAGUCUAGGGGUGGAUACUAUUCUUGGGGCUGGCGAUACUCUUGCAUCGGCUUCUGGCGCCGUUGCUGGUGGAUUAUCCGACAUCAUGACUUUGGGUAUUGGUGGGCUGACCGUUUCUAGCUUUAUGAAGUUCUUUGUACAGGGAGGUGCUACAGCUCUACUCUCUGAAAUCCUGUUUGUGACUGUCUGUGCAUAUUUAGUGUCUCAAUCGAACAAGUCCGAAGAUAUGACUACUGGCGAGGCUUUCAAAACUAGCAACGAAAAUCCGUUGAUAGAACAGGCAGAUUCUAUCAACAGCAGUACUGAUGCUGAUGUUAAAACCAUGGUUCCAAGUCCGGAAGCUGUCGUUCCAAACAACGCAGAGAACGAGACUUGA